AUGGCCUAUGAGCCUCGUGGUGAUCAUGGUGGUGGCCAGGGCCAAGAUGGGGCAUUUGUCAAGGUCCGAGGCAGGCGACCUGUGACUGACUAUGGUGCCACUAUAACACACUGGCAACAUGAUCGUGCCCCUAGCUAUAAGGGAGGAUAUACUGGCGAAGCUGAGCGACCUAGUGUUAGCUAUAUCGUUGAUAUGCUUCCACCUGCAGCUCGUGUCACAAAAGCUGCCGACAGUAUCCCUAUUAAGCACCUUCACUCUUCUCUUAACAAGAUCAAGCACCCCAUCAAUGUAGUGCGGUGGACACCAGAAGGUAGAAGGUUGUUAACAGCUUCGACCAGCGGCGAGUUCACACUAUGGAACGGAACAGGCUUCAAUUUCGAAACCAUUAUGCAGGCUCAUGAUUCUGCCAUUCGUGCUCUGGAAUACUCGCAUAGUGACGACUGGCUUAUCUCGGCGGAUCACGAUGGAGUUAUCAAGUACUGGCAACCAAAUUUCAACAAUGUCCAGAGCAUCAACGCCCACACUGACCCUAUUCGAGACCUUGCUUUCAGUCCAAGUGAUUCCAAGUUCGUCACCGCAAGCGAUGACUCGACCCUCAAGAUCUUUGACUUUGCUCUGGGACAAAUGGAAACCAAGCUUGAAGGUCAUGGAUGGGAUGCAAAAAGUGUGGAUUGGCAUCCUACAAAGGGACUGCUUGUAUCUGGUUCGAAGGACCAUCUUGUCAAACUUUGGGAUCCUCGUACUAGCCGUUGCUUAACGACUCUACACGGCCACAAGAGUACUAUCACAAAAGUACUGUUUGAAAAGGUCCGUGGCGCUUGUCUCGCGACAUCUGCAAGAGACCAGACCGCUCGUGUUUUCGAUCUUCGCAUGAUGCGUGAUAUCUGCCUUCUCAAAGGCCACGAGAAGGAUAUUUCCACUCUCACAUGGCAUCCUAUUCACCCUAAUCUUCUCAGCACUGGUGGUAUGGACGGCUCGCUAUUCCACUAUCUACUCGAUUCACCAAACCCGCCUCCUGGCCAGUCCUUCACCGUUGCACCUUACGACAGCCCUGACCCAUCAUCAGUAGCCGCCCAGUCAGUAUGGCCAAUGCACAAGGUGCCUUAUGCUCAUGACUACGCUAUUUGGUCCCUUGACUGGCAUCCUCUCGGGCACAUUCUGGCAUCAGGGUCUAAUGACCGCAUUACGCGUUUCUGGAGCCGUGCCAGACCUGGUGAUACAGAUGUUUUUCAGGAUCGCUAUCAUAUCGGUGAAGCAGCAGCCGAGGCCCAAGGAACCUGGGACCGCCGUGGUAAUCGUCGGCAGCGCCAGGAGGAAGAACAACAAGAGAUGGAAGACGAGAUGGACGCUCUUGUUGACCAAGACGCACCGAAAGCUGCUGUCCCUGGACUGCCUGGUAUUCCUGGACUGCCUCUUGGCGGAGGCCUACCCGGCCUUGGUUCAAGUAUUCCACCUCCUCCCAUUCCUGGUGUCGGUGCUGGCUCAGGUGCUCCUCCACCUCCCCUACCAUUUCCCUUACCUGGACUCAAUGGUGGUCCACCGCCGCCUCCCUUACCCGGACUGGAUCCCAACAAUCCUCCAGAUCCAGCGCAACUCCUCGAGCUUAUGAAGAAGGCGGGCGUGCCUCUGCCGCCACCAGGAGCACUACCGCCAGGAGCCCUGCCCCCUGGACUCAUCCUACCACCGGGCAGCAUGCCUCCCCCGCCCGGAAGCUUUGCCAUGCCGGUUCCUCCACCUCCCAUGCAUGGGUUUGAUGCCGACAAGGCGGAUGCCCGACGGAGAGCUCCUCUACCUAGUCAAGAGGAAAGCUUGCGCCAUGAACAGCGACAAGGAAAAUACACGAGAGCGAGAUAG